UUGUGUUUAGUGAGCGGCAUGUCGCGACUUCUUCGGCAUUAAAUAUUUGAUUAUUGUUGUUUGCCGAGUACUAUACGGUUUGUUGUUGAUAUUGCGGUGUGUGCUGCUGCUUUAUUAAUUAAUGUUGAUUUUUUAAAUUAAAUUAAUCAGUUGCUAUAUGCUUGCCAUUGAAUGAAAACAAGUGCUAUCAAAUAUGUACGAAAUAUGUGAGCUUUAUACCAGUAAAACGUGAUUUACUAACCACUACUACCACUACUACUAGAUUAUUUCUGAUCAGAAAAUGAGGAAAAAAUGCGGUGGUGCACAAUAAUGAAAGGAAAAAGAAAUUAACAAAUAAAUAAAAAAGAAAUAAAAAUAAAAAGCUAUUCCUGUAAAUAGCAGCAGAAUAGCAAGAAUACACGAUUUAGCGCAAAAAAUUCGAAGAGUGGUAAAGUGCCAUGAAAAAGUAAAAUAAAAAGGCGAUACGAAAAAUUGAAUAAGAGAAAUAUCACUCAUUUCGUUGGCGCGUUCAAUUGUUGAAUUGUCUGCUUUAUGAAAAUCGUGUUUUUGUGUACGCUGUUUCGCCGAUCAGUUUGUGUCUGCCGGUAUUGAGUUCUGUGCCUGUUGCGUGCACAAUUUAUAAGUAUUUCCGUAUGUUGUUGUUGUGUUGCGGUGUGAUAAUUAUAUGAAUGUGUGCGUGUUUAGCAAGUGGCAAGCUGCAUUCCCAGCCCAUCAUCAUCAACAACAGCAUCAGCAACCGCAUCACCAUCUUUGGCAUUUGCUCGCGGUAACUAAGAUAGCAAAACAACAGCAGAGGUAGCCAACACCAACAGUGUGCAAUGAUUGCACUGCAUCUCACCUUUAACAACAACAAAACCAACCAUUUAUUUCUUUAACUAAAUGCACACAGCUGCCAGUAAUAUUCUCUAUUUGCUAUGAUCUUCGAUGCAAGUGUUUAAAGCUUAUUGCAGACGGCGUGCGCGUAAAAUAGUUAUAUUUAUUUCUUUGUGAUUAUUGUUUGUUGUUUAUUGCUUACGUCGGUAAACUAUCUACUGUCAUCAUUAUCAACGUUUCCUUCUAUAAAUCAUCAAUCGGCUUUUUUGUCGAACCUUACUCCAAUUGGAUUUAAAUUUUAUAAUAAUAAAUUUUCACAUAACUGAUCAUGCGUAGAUCAGCGCUUAAUCGAAAUCAUUAUUUUGUGUUUGGCAUCCUCGUUGGUUUGGCGUUGAGUUUCUACUUGCCAGAGGAUGUUUGGGAUCUGGUGCAAAAAGAGGAAUGCCCGCAAGAGGCAGCUGAAAAUAGUCUGAUUGAGAAAUUCGGGCAAGAAUUUGAGCCACAUUUGAAUUUAAUCAGCAAACCUUUAUCAGCGAAAAAACCGGCAAAAAACGUCAUUCGCCCACGCUAUUACUCCUCCGAGUUGGGCAUACGAGAGAAGAUCUUCAUCGGUGUCAUGACAUCACAGGAUAAUAUCAAUACACUAGCAACAGCGAUAAACCGCACCACCGCGCAUUUAGUAAAUAAAAUUAAGUUUUUCAUUAAUGCCGACAAUGUCAAAACGAACUAUAAACUCAAGAAUAUUGUCGGCUUCACAGACACACGUGAAAAUCUGCGUCCAUUCCAUGUAAUAAAAUAUAUUGCGGAUAAUUACCUCGAUGACUAUGAUUAUUUUCUCAUUAUGCCCGAUACAGUUUAUGUGGAUGCACGUAAAUUGAAAGCAUUGCUCUAUCAUAUCAGCAUCACAUUCGAUCUGUACAUGGGUGCGAGAUUAGAGCAAAACAUCGCCGUAGACGGUGGCGGUGUUUAUGCUGCUCGAGCGGCGGCACAGGCGGCUGCGGCCGCAAAUUCCAAUGGUGUUGAUGAUCUCGGCAAUCAAAGUGAUCGUAAUUACUGUGAUUUAAAUGCUGGCAUAUUGCUGAGUAGCAGUGUCAUAAGAAAGAUGCGUAACAAUCUGGAUUGGUGUGUACGAAAUGGCGUCACCAAUGUGCACAGCGUCAAUAUCGGACGUUGUGUUAAGUAUUCCAGCAAUUUGUCUGGCUGUCAGACAAGCUUUCAGGGUGUACACGAAGAUGUAUACACAUUGCAACCGCACAUUAAAUUAUUUAAAGAUUUAAAUAUCCUCGCCAGAGAUGAGGCUUUUCGAAAUGCUACUGCCGUUCACCCCGUGACUGCGACAGAUGAUUUCUAUCGUCUGCAUGCCUAUUAUUCCAGGUAUCAUUUAGAAUUAGUGCAGCAGCGCAGCUUCGACUUGGAACGCAAAUCAUAUCAAAUAGCUAACGGUACCAUAUCAAAUGACAUACUCGAAAUACGCUGGCCACUUGGCGUGCCACUCGGCUCAGCGCCCGAAACACGACAUGACAUCAUAACAUGGCAUCUGAUCAACAGCACACACAUUUUUCUGCCGAACGCCGAAAAUAUCGUCGAACCACUGAGUCACAUUGACAAGUUGGAUUUUAAUAAAGUGCUUGAAAUCGGCAUAGCCUAUGCGAAACGGAAGCAUCCACAUUUGCAAUUUGUCAAUUUGCAUACGGUCUACAGGAAAUUUGAUGCAACGCGUGGCAUGGAUUAUCAAUUGCAUUUGAAUAUGCGCGAUGACACACGCCUUUCCACUGGCGAAUUGGUGACGAAAAGCUUUCAAGUUAUCAAACCGCUGGGACGGGUGGAGGUAAUACCGUCGCCAUAUGUUACGGAAAGUACGCGCAUCGCCAUUAUGGUGCCCGCUUUUGAACAUCAAGCGGCUGAUGGUGUACAGUUUAUAGCGGAUUAUGAGCGAAUUUGCAUGCAAAAUCAGGAUAAUACAUUUUUGCUGAUGAUCUUCUUGUAUCGUUACGAUUCAAUGAGCAAGGGUGAAAAUGAUCCUUUCAAAAGUCUCAAAACACUCGCUUUAGAUUUAUCAACAAAAUAUAAAAAUGAUGGUUCACGUAUUGCUUGGGUGUCCAUACGUUUACCGCCAAUGCUGAGUGAUACACCGCCAGCCGGGGAUAUUAUGCUCAAUACUCUCUAUGGACGUAAUGAAAUUUUAAGUGUUGCUGUGGCCGAUCUGGCGUUGCCGAAAAUCGGGCUGGAUAGCCUGGUGCUGAUGGCCUCUACCGAUAUAAAUAUGAAGGGGGACUUUUUGAAUAGGGUUCGCAUGAAUACUAUUCAAGGCUUCCAAAUAUACUCACCAAUCGGCUUCAGAAUGUAUCCAUGCCGGUUUGCGUAUUUUUGUAGAGAAUGUGAGACGUGUGACGUGAGUCAGGGUACUGGAUAUUUUGACAAAUGGAAUUACGACGUAAUCUCGUUCUACAGUCGUGAUUAUGUGCAAGCUCGCCAACGCCUCGAAUCAACGUUACCUAUAACACGCAGCGACAAUGACAUUGAGCAGCUACUCAGUCACCCGAAUCAAAAGAUCAACACCAUAUUGGAUAUGUUUGUGGCCUCCCAACUGCCACUACACAUUCUACGCGGCACAGAACCGAAUUUACGUUACGGCAAUGCCAUCCGACAUUAUAUAAAUAACGGUGGCAAAAUACUGAAAUGUCCAGCAUUGGAAAAAGACGACGUCACAAGUAAUGCAGAGCAACCGCAUAUAUCCAAUGAAAUACCUCAACGUUAUGAUGCACAACGAGCCGACACAGGGGACAACACGCAAGCGCCGACUGGUUUGGACAGCCACAAAUGCAUACAUUUGGCGUCGCGAAAACAAAUCGGUGAUGCGAUUAUACGCUACGAGGAUCGAAGCAUUCUGCACAAAUGAGACUAGUGCACAAAGCAAAGGUGUAGAUUUGCAAAUUGCUUACAUUUUGAAUGUAGGCAAAGUCUCAUACUGCUUUGGCUUGUAUUUCCGUCAAGUUUUCGGUCAGUAAAUACAGUGUAACUGUAUGGCCGAAAUGUCUGUCGAGGCAUGUGAACAAUUUUAAUGCUCAAAUUUGCAUGAUUAUGUAAAUAAUAGUUUAAUACUUGCAAAGUUACUGUUACUCUAAGGAUAUUUAAAGAAAAUAUUCAUAGUAUAAUAUAUACAGGCAUAUAUAUAUGUACUCGUAUGUACGAACAUAAUGUCUAUUUACAUAAGUAUAUAUAUUUCUUUUGCCAAAAUGCUUGCACAAUUGUAAUUGUUAUAUUUAAGUCGUGUGUCUGUGUGUUUACAGUUAAUUAAUUUAUUAUUUUAGUAUUAAGUUGGCUAAGUUCAAAUAGCAGCUGCAUACAUAUAUAUACAUAUAAAUACGAACAUACACGUACGUAUGUAUAUAUGUAAUUCCUAUCGAUUAAAUGUAACGAAAUGACUUUUUAUUGUAUUUAUGUAUAUCCCAUGUAUGUAUGUAUAUUAGUCCUAGCAUACAAUGUAAAAAUAUACAUACAUAAGUACACAAAUAUACAUAUGUAGUUCUAAGUAGCGCAGGAACUGCUUGUUUAUAAUGGUUUUUGUACGUAUUAUGGCUGUUAUUGAUGUAUUUUAUCUACGUCAACUAAAUAGAAAUGCCCAAAACUUGUCCUUUCCAAAAGCAAA